UCGCGCGCGCGCGCGCUGUCUUGUCGUUAUCAUCAUCAUCAUCAAUCAUUCCUUCCCCCGCCCCCUCCUCCCCCCUGCCACACUUUCCAAUCCAUCCUUGCGAUUCCAACGGCCGAUCCUCGGCGCCGCAGCAGCCGCCGCUGUCGUCGUCGUCGUCGAUAAUGGGAUAAUGGUCGCGCACGUAUGGGUCCACGGUCUCCUGCCCACGCAGGCGCAAGAUCAGCCGCUACAAGCUUCUCGAACGGCCGGCAUACAAGUUAUCGGCGCCGGGCAGGGAUGCGCGGCAGGGAAUGGAGAUUUCUUCUCAUUAUAUUUGUAUAUUUUUUUCCUCUCGUGCUUUUUGGGAGCAAAUGACAAUCAUGCCCUCUGGCUGGACGGGUCUCGUGUUCGUUUCGGCGGCGGGGCGGGUGUGGCGGGAGUUGGGCUGGGCUUGCUGCGUGCGCUGGGCGCGGAUGGUGCGGAGAAAGCGUGCGCAAGCUCUAGCGUCAAAGGGUCGGUCGGAGAGAGUGGGAAGUGGAGAAAGCGAGGAAGAUGGGACCUUGGGAGUUGAUGAAGUCGGAGGCGCGCGCGUGAUUCGCUGGGAAUGGCCGUUGGAGCCCGUCGGCCGUCGCUGUUCUGCCACGACAGCGAACGAGUCUAGAACCUGCAUAUGCAUGGCUAAUCAACUCUUCGAUGGGCCAUUCUCGCAGCCUCCGGGUCGCCGUGCGCGUUCCUGGCCGCUCGGAUUCUUCCCGCAGAGAAGAAAAAGGCUUGCGCAACCCUCGAUGAGUCCCCUAUUCGCACAGCCACGGCAAGCGGUGUUUCAGCUGCGCGAUAGUCGUGCCUUGCGUCAUGUGCCUAAGCGCCCUUUGUCGCAAGCAGCCGGGAAGGGUAGGUAUAUUCUCGUUAUUCCCAUGCCAGCGCUUAGCAGCCGCCUGUUCCCCCGCUCAAUGACGGCACCGUGCUGCUGGCCCGGCGCUUGCACGUCGCCAUAUCAGAUGCUGAACCACCGCCCGCCCGCGUGCCUGUGUUUGGUGCCUAGUUGUUUCUUCUUUCUCUUCGCUUCUCGUCGCCAUCUUCAAUCCCUUCCAUCUUUCCUUUUCCUUUUCCUUUCGUGAUCCGUGCCGUUGAUCGGCAGUCGCGAGCUGUUGCUGCUUGUUGUUGUAAUCCCCCUCUCCCAUGUCGUAAUUCCUCAUACACUUUUCCUUCCUUUCCCUUCCCUUCCCUGUCUCUCUCUCUCUCUCUCUCUCUCCCUUCUCUCCCUCCUCUUUUUCC